AUGGCGGACCUCGCCGCGCCGCCCGUGCUGUCCACGCCCGACGACCACAUCCUCGACGUGCCGGCCGCCGACGCCGUCCUCACGUCGACCCUCUCCGACGACGCCCUCCGCUCGACCUACGAGAUCCCCCGCACGGCCGGAGAGAUUGCCCGGGGAGGAUGGAGGACAGUCGCUUUACAGUUCCCCGACCACAUGCUCGUUGAUGCGCCGCGCGUCGUCGAGGCCUUGGGCCGCGAGCUCGUCGCCCAGCGGACGCAAGAGUCGGCGGAAGCGCCCGCGCCGCGGAUACACAUCCUCGCCGACACGAGCUACAGCGCGUGCUGCGUCGACGAGGUGGCCGCCGAGCAUGCCGACGCCGACGUCGUGGUGCACUAUGGCCGUACGUGCCUCAGCCCGACGAGUCGCCUGCCCGUCGUGUACGUCUACACGUCGCAUCCGCUGGACCACGCCGUGGCGCUGGACCGGUUCGCGGCCGAGUUUCCUGACACAACAGCCAAGGUGGUCGUCAUGGCGGACCUGACGUACCAGGACCACGUCGAGAGCCUGGUGGAGGAGCUGCGCGGGUGGGGCUACGUCAACGUCCUCGCGACAGAGGUGGUGCGCGAUCCCGCGGCCGUGAUUCCCAACCGCAGGAUAUGCAGGCCCGAGCUCGACGACGAUUCAAUACGACAACAUGCCCUGUUCCACAUCGCCGACCCUCCUGCAGCGCUGCUCCUCGCUCUGCAGUCUCGCUUCGCCUCGCUCCACGUCCUCUCCACAUCGGCGUCGCCCUCCGUCGACAACCCGACGCUGCGGACCAUGGGUCUGCUCCGACGGCGGUUCGCGCGCGUCCUGUCGCUAGCCUCGGCCGGCGUCGUGGGCAUCCUCGUCAACACGCUCUCCGUGUCCAACUACCUCUCCUCGGUGGACCUCUUGCGGGCCAAGAUUGCGCGCGCGGGCAAAAAGAGCUACACGGUGGUGGUGGGCAAGCUCAACCCGGCCAAGCUGGCCAACUUUGCCGAGAUUGAGGGCUGGGUCGUCAUUGGGUGCUGGGAGAGCGGGCUGGUGGAGGAGGACGCCGGGUACUGGCGGCCGGUGGUGACGCCGUUUGAGAUGGAGGUGGCGCUGAUGAGCGAGGAGGAGCGGACGUGGGGCGGCGAGUGGUGGGCGGGCAUCGAGAAGCUGCGGGACGAUAUGGCCUCCGAGAAGGCCGAAACGCAAGAGCGGGAGGCGGGAGAUGGUCAGGCGGAGGAUGGCCAGGCGGCAGAUGGCGAGGGGGUGGAGGAUACCGAGGAUGGCGUCGAGGGCGACGAGUCGCUGCCGCCGCAAUACGAUCUGCGGACAGGCAAGCUCGUCAGCCACAGCCGGCCGAUGCAGCUGACGGUACGGAGCGCGAGCAGCACUGCCGCGACCGACGACAGCGGCAAAGACGGGGACGGCGACGGCGCACCACCAAAGACCGGGUCGGCACUGGCACGCCGCGCGGCCGGGGAGCUGGCGAGCAUCAACGGAGUGGCCAGCCCGGGCGCCGAGUACCUGCGGUCGAAGCGGACGUGGCAGGGCCUCGGCAGCGACUUUGGGACGGGCGAGGCGAGCACAGUGGUGGAGGAGGGGCGGAGCGGGCUGGCGAGGGGGUACACGGUGGGCGAGGAGGAGGCGAGGAGAUGA